GCGCGACACAAUCACUGCGAAGACGUCACUCUUCUCGGACCUCCCACGAUGCGCGGUGCCAUUGUGUUCAGCGGGUCCUCGCACCCCAGGCUGGUCGAGGGCAUGUGCGACUGCCUGGGCAUGAAGCCCGGCUCCGCGACGCUGGGCAAGUUCAAGAAUGGAGAGACGUCGGUCACGAUUCACACCUCGAUCCGGAACAAAGAUGUCUUCAUUGUGCAGAGCGGGAGCGAAAAAAUCAAUGAUUCGGUUAUGGAGCUGCUGAUUAUGAUAUCUGCCUGCAAAGGCGGCUCGGCCAAGUCCAUCACAGCUGUCAUGCCGUAUUUCCCAUACUCGCGCCAGUCGAAGAAGAAGCAGCACCGCGGGGCCAUUACAGCGCGCAUGGUCGCGAACCUCCUCCACAUUGCCGGCGUCAACCACGUCAUGACGAUUGACCUGCACGCCUCGCAAAUGCAGGGCUUCUUCAAGUGCCCUGUCGACAACCUCGUCGCCGAACCCCUCAUCGCUCGCUGGAUCCGCGUAAACGUCCCAAAUUGGAGAGAGGCAGUGGUGGUGAGCAAGAACCCCGGCGGCACAAAGCGAGUCACGUCUCUGGCAGACGCGAUGAAGCUCAGCUUCGGCAUUGUCACCACAGACAGGCGUAGGACAGGCGUUCAAUGGAAUGAGAGCGCCAUGUUUGAGCAGCUCAGGCUGGAUGGCACAUACGAGACGCCUCAGCUGAUUGAAGCUGCGUUGGAUGCGGAGGCGGGCGCGAAGGCCACGAAUGAUGCCAAGGUUGAAGCUGGCAAACCGAAGCUGAAAACGAACACAACAUUAAAUCCGCUGCAGCGGCGAGUGAAUGGCAUAUCCGAGUCGGCGGGCAGCCCACUGUACAAGUCGAUGCGAGCGAGUUCCAUUGUCGAGCCAGAGACACCAUUAGACCCGAUCCGAAGCGACGCCGAGGCGAACCAGGAAGCAAAUGCGGAGCAAAGCGCAGACGAGAGCGGCGCAGAGGAAUACACAGAUGAGCGCGCACGAAACGUCAUCCGCGGCCGUCUAGUCCAAGGUCACAUCGUCGACGACGCGCAUCCCUCGCCCUCCAUGUCAGCCACCUCGCACUCGACGUGGCGCAACCGCCCCCCUUCCGAAGGCGACAACGACGACAUCCCCACCAACAUGAUGUCCUCCUUCAUGUCGACGGCCUCGUCAACCUGGAACAAAGAACCCGAGCACUCGCACGCCCUAGGCGGAACCUACGACGCGGCCGCCUCCUCAGAAGACGAAGAAGACGACCUCAAGAACCCCGAGCUCGAAACAAUGGUCACGCUCGUCGGCAACGUCAAAGCGCGCCCCGUCUUCAUCGUAGACGACAUGAUGGACAAAUCCGCAUCCUGGAUCGCCGCAGCCGAAACAGUCGUCAAGCGCGGCGGCGCCACAAAAGUCUACUGCUUCGCCACACACGCCCUGUUCGGCGGCGACUGUCUCGAUGAAAUGCUGGCUUGCGAGUGCAUUGAUAAGAUCGUCGUCACCAAUGCGUUUCCCAUCCCCGACCACAAACUUAUUCAUGCCAAAGGGUAUGAUAAGCUGGUUAUUAUCCAUGUUGAUAAUUUGCUGGCCGAGGCUAUUCGCAGGAAUCAUCAUGGCGAGAGUAUGAGUCAGCUUUUUAUGCAUUAUGAUUAGGGGUUGACUGGGCAUGGUCGUGGCGUAUGGGUGGGUGGGUUGUUUUGCAAGGGUUGGGAGGGUGUAUGGCGUUGGACGUGACUUGACGCGACUGGACUCGAUGAGCUGGUCGGGCGUAAUGGGUUAGGAAAUGGGAACGGAAAACGGAAAACCAAGGAGGAACGGGAUGGACUUUUUGUAAAGUCCUUGCUUGGAAUGACUUACUUUUCUUGACAUAUGAAAAUAUCCAUCCAUCUAUUAACACAAACAUACCCAAACUAAACCAAAAACCAAAGAUAGAGUCAUUACCGCAAUUGAUAUUGGCAUUUCUUUCUUCUAUCCUCC